AUGAGUGGACUCGAUGAAACAAACGAAGCUAGGCACUUCGAUGUCAUCAUCGUCGGCGCGGGUAUCUCCGGCGUCAAUGCCGCCUACCGCGUCCAAGACCAACUCCCCGGCUACAGCUACACCAUCCUAGAAGCUCGCGCCGAUCUAGGUGGCACCUGGGAUCUCUUUAAUUAUCCUGGUAUCCGUUCCGACUCCGACCUUUUCACCUUCGGCUUCCAAUUCAAUCCCUGGACCCUCGAUAACCCCAUCGCAGAGGGUUCUGCCAUCAAGCAGUACGUGCGCGAUACCGCGACCAAAUUUGGCAUCGACAAACACAUCCUCUACAACCAUCGUGUGUCAUCGGCAGACUGGUCCUCCGAUAAAAACAUCUGGUCGCUCGCCGUCGACCACAAUGACUCCGAACACACAUACACCGCCCGCUAUGUCAUCUUUGGCACGGGUUACUACAACUACAAGGAUCCCCUGAAAGCUGACAUUCCCGGCCUGGACGCCUUCCAGGGCCAGGUCAUCCACCCACAGUUCUGGCCCGAAGACUUGCAGUAUAAGGACAAGACGAUCGUUAUCAUCGGCUCGGGCGCGACCGCCAUCACCCUCCUCCCCAAUCUCGCCGACGAUGCCGCCCGUGUCACAAUGCUCCAGCGCAGCCCUACCUACAUCCUCUCCGUCCCAAACCGCUCCAGCAACCGAUGGCUCUCCUACAUCCUCUCCAAUGCCCUGUAUCUCAGGUUGCAACGCAUGAUCUCGAUCUAUACAACCCGCUAUUUCUUCCUCUUCUGCCAGCGCUUCCCGAAUUUCUCCCGCUGGUUGCUCAAGUUGAAUGUGCGCAAGCAACUGCCCAGCCAUAUCCCCUAUGACCCGCAUUUCAAGCCCAAAUACAACCCCUGGGACCAACGAUUGUGUGUUUGUCCCGAUGGGGAUCUGUUCCGCAGUCUCCGGCAGGGCAAGGCGGAUGUCAAGACCGAUACUAUUCGAGAGGUUACGAAGAAUGGUAUUAUCUUGAAUUCGGGUGAGCAGCUUGACGCAGAUAUUAUUAUUACUGCUACUGGCUUGCGAUUGCAGAUUGUAGGUGGCGCGGCGCUGUCUGUGGACGGGAAGAAGAUCGACGUGGGUGGUAAAUAUCUGUGGAAUGGAGUCAUGCUCCAGGAUAUGCCUAAUGCCGCUUUCGUUAUUGGGUAUACCAAUGCCUCAUGGACACUCGGUGCGGAUGCUACGGCGCAUUUGGUUUGUCGCCUGCUCAAGGAGCUUGAGUCGCGAAAGUUGGUCGCUGCUGUUCCUCGGCUGAAGGAGAAGGAUGCAGCUACGAUCCAGGAUCGUCCUCUCUUGAACAUCAAGGCGACUUAUGUGUCGCUUGCUGAUCGGAUUUUACCCAGGGCUGCGGACCGUGGUCCGUGGCGCCCGCGUGAUAACUACUUGAGCGACUUGAAGUUCGCUCAGAGUGGUGAUAUUGAGACCGGAAUGGAGUUCGUGCAAGGACCGAAUCUGCGGUUACGUCCGAAGAUGUCGUGA